UUUGGUUCAUAAUCUGAACUCAUCUUCUCCAACCCCGAAAACCGUGUUUUUUUUUCAUUGUGCUGCUGGCGGUGCGGAAGCUUUCAUGACACAUCUGCAGUCUCAUUAUCGCCCACAGAGCCAUUUUAUGUCAGGAAUCCACCCUUUAAAAACGUGUAGGCUUGUUUAUUCAACCCUUGUGCUUUCAAGAAAGUCAUGAUGUCAUGCGCAGUGAUCACGCUGGAGGCUGGAGGCAAAACGGUGCACCAGGCGCGUACAGUUAUCCUGCAGAGUCAGCGCUAAAGCAACAACUUGACAACAGUUCGGCGCUGUUGUCUGUGGCCAAACACAACCCAGAUGCAGCAUUUCACAAGUGAAUUCUACACCUGAAAAACUGAACGUAUGGAGCUCUGAUCUCCACAAAUGAGUGCAGCUGCCCCAAGCUUUCCAGGCUUCAAUUUAAACAAAAGAGGCGACACGUUUCCAGGCAUAAAGGGGGAAGUCUGUACAAUCAGAUCUACAGUAGGCUACGUGCUGGAGGUAGCGCGGCUGUGGAGAAGGUGCACCGGGGGUCGAGCGGUCCGGCGCGGCGCUGGGACGGGAUUUUACUGUGCUGAUCUGUCACCAAACGAGAGUUAGAGAUGCAGGGAAACUGGAGGAUCCUUUUCUCACACGUGUGCAGCAGCAGCUUCCUUCUGCUCUGGAUCUCCGUGGGCUUGGAUGUGGUGGAGGUGGCGGGAUCCCAGCAAGGGAUCCCUCUGUCUGUUGUAAAGCUUUGGGCCUCCGCAUUUGGUGGAGAAAUUAAAUCCAUUUCUGCAAAAUAUUCCGGAUCCCAACUACUGCAAAAGGAGCUGUGGGCCAUCACAGCACCACGUCCAGGGACCAACUCCAGCUCUGAGACCAGCACCUCGGUGAAGGGCGCCAGCAGGAUUAAGAGCUCGGCUGCGUGUCCUGGAGUGUGGGAGGAAAGCGGAGCUCCCAGAGGAAAUCCACGCAAACACGGGGAGAGCAUUCAAACUGCAUUUCGAAAGCGGCUCCAGGCUCCAAACCUCGGACCUCCUUGCCCUGAGAAAUAUAAAGAACCUGAAAAGUCAGUCAGAGUGGAGGAGAUUGAUGGUGUGAAACUGGUCAAAAACCUGGCAGUAAAAAUGGAAGAAAUGUUCCGAAGAAAAGCAGAGGCCACCAGGCGGCUGGUGGAGGCAGCAGAAGAAGCGCACCAUCAGCAUGAGGAUAAUCCAGAACUGCAGUAUGAGUACUUCAAUGCUGUGCUAAUCAAUGAAGUGGAUGAGGAGGGACAUAACGUGGAGCUGGGAGGAGAGUUCCUCCUGGAACCCAAUGACCAUUUCAACAACCUCUCUGUCAACCUGAGCCUCAGCGUGGUUCAGGUGCCCACCAACAUGUACAACAAAGAUCCCGACAUAGUGAACGGAGUUUACUGGUCCGAGGCCCUGAAUAAAGUGUUUGUGGAUAAUUUUGAAAGAGAUCCGACACUGAUCUGGCAGUACUUUGGAAGCGCCAAAGGUUUCUUCAGGCAGUACCCCGGAGUGAAGUGGCAUCCAGAUGAGCACGGCGUCAUUGGUUUUGACUGCAGAAAUCGGAAGUGGUACAUCCAGGCAGCUACAUCCCCUAAAGAUGUUGUGAUCUUAGUUGAUGUUAGUGGAAGUAUGAAGGGGCUGCGGCUGACCAUCGCCAGACAGACUGUCUCCUCCAUAUUAGACACACUGGGAGAUGACGACUUCUUCAACAUCAUUGCAUAUAAUCAGGAGAUUCACUACGUGGAGCCUUGUUUGAACGGUACGCUGGUCCGGGCCGACAGAGCCAAUAAAGACCAUUUCCGUGAACACCUGGACAAGCUGUUUGCCAAAGGGAUCGGGCUGCUGGGUGAAGCUCUGAGUGAAGCCUUCACAAUCCUCAGCGACUUUAAUCAGACUGGACGUGGCAGUGUGUGCAGCCAGGCCAUAAUGCUUGUGACUGACGGUGCUACUGAAAUGUACGACGACGUUUUUGAGAAGUACAACUGGCCUGAAAGAAAGGUGCGGAUAUUCCCCUACCUGAUCGGUAGAGAGUCUGCGUUUGCUGAUAACCUCAAAUGGAUGGCUUGUGCCAACAAAGGAUAUUUCAGUCAGAUCUCCACCUUAGCUGAUGUCCAGGAGAACGUGAUGAGGUACCUUCACGUUAUGAGCCGCCCGAAGGUUAUCGAUCACGAGCACGACACGGUGUGGACUGAAGCUUACGUAGACAGUGCUCUUUCUCAGGCUCAUAAGCUGAAUGACAAAUCAGGUCCAAGUCUGAUGACAACAGUAGCCAUGCCUGUCUUCAGCACAAAGAAUGAAACGAAGAACCAGGGUAUUCUGUUGGGGGUCGUAGGAACAGACAUCACUCUGCAGGAGCUGAUGAAGCUCAUCCCCAAGCAUAUGUUAGGGAUCCACGGAUAUGCAUUUGCCAUCACAAACAAUGGCUACAUCCUGACACAUCCGGAUCUCAGGCCUUUGUAUCAGGAGGGUCAGAAGAGGAGGAAGCCCAACUACAGCAGUGUGGAUCUCUCUGAGGUGGAGUGGGAAGACAAAGAUGACACACUACGCAACGCCAUGGUGAACAGGAGGACCGGGACCUUCUCUAUGGAGGUGAAGAAGACGGUGGACAGAGGGAGGCGAGUGCUGAAGAUGCACAAUGACUAUUACUACACUGACAUCAAAGGAACUCCAUUCAGUGUCGGAGUGGCUCUCUCAAGAGGCCACGGAAAGUAUUUCUUCAGAGGAAAUGUAUCAGUUGAAGCAGGGCUCCGUGAUCUGGAACAGCCAGAUGUCGCCCUGGCAGAUGAAUGGACCUACUGCAACACAGAGGAGGAGCACGAGCAUCGUCACCUGACCCAGAUUCAAGCCAUCAAGCUCUUCAUGACGGGCCGCAGACCGCACCUCAAGUGCGACAGAGAGCUGAUCCAGGAGGUGUUGUUUGAUGCUGUGGUCACGGCUCCACUGGAGGCCUACUGGACUGGACUGGCUCUCAACAAGUCAGAGAACUCAGACAAAGGAGUGGAGAUUACUUUUCUGGGAACACGUACUGGUCUGUCGAGAACCAACCUGUUUGUCCCGGCCGAUCAGCUGUCCAAUCGAGAUUUCCUGACAGCGGAGGACAAGGAGGGAGUGUUUAAUGCUGAUCACUUCCCUCUGUGGUACAAGAGAGCGGCGGAGCAGGUCCCCGGCACAUUUGUCUACUCCAUCCCCUUCAGCACAGCUCUGGAAAAUAAGAGCGUGGUUUUGGCCAGCACAGCAAUCCAGCUCCUGGAUGACAGGAAGUCUCCAAUAGUUGCUGCUGUAGGGAUCCAAAUGAAGCUUGAGUUCUUUCAGAGGAAAUUCUGGACUGCCUGCAGACAGUGUACAGCUCUGGAUGGAAAAUGUAGCAUUAGCUGUGAUAACGAGGACAUUAACUGUUAUCUCAUUGACAACAAUGGCUUCAUUCUUGUUACAGAAGAACAGUCUCAGACAGGGCUCUUCUUUGGAGAGGUGGAGGGUGCCGUUAUGAACAAACUUCUCCAAAUGGGGUCCUUUAAAAGGAUCACACUAUAUGACUACCAGGCCCUUUGUAAAGAGUACGCAGGGAGCAGCGACAGCGCUCGCACUUUAUCAGACCCUUUCUCUGUUGUGAAGUGGCUUCUGACUGAACUUGUCAUUUUUCUGCUAGAAUUUAACAUCUACAGCUGGUGGAACGUCGAUCUUUCUGUCAAAGCUCAGAGGUCUCGGGGGAAAACCAUGAUGGUCCCAUGUGAUACGGAAUACCCUGCCUUCGUCUCUGAACGCACCAUCAAAGAAACAACAGGAAACAUCGACUGUGAUGGCUGUUUUAGGUCUUUUGUCAUACAGCAGAUUCCCAGCAGCAACCUCUUCAUGGUUGUCGUUGACAAUAAGUGUGACUGCAGUGGUGCUCCUCCAGUAACCAUGGAUCCCAUCGAGAUCAUGUAACGAGUCACUAAAAUGUGACAGACUGAAGUUUCAGAAGGACCGGAAGAAGCCAGAAUCAUGUCAUCCUUUCCACCCCGAGGAAAAUGCCAUGGAGUGUGGUUCAGCAACACGCCUCUCCAGUCAUCUAACAGCGGCUCUACUGCCUCUGAUAGCAGCGACCAUCAGCAGGUGACCACUAGCUGGACAUCAGUAAGGACUAGCUCAAAGAGAAGAUGCUUCUAAACACGUAGAGAACACGUCGAUCAGAAAUGAAUUUGCGCAUACCUCCGCAACAGUCAGCACUCUAAGAUAGCAUCUUUAUCAGUAGCACUAAGACUCACAUCCAUUAAUGCAGAAAACACAAAAGAAAAUGAGAGCAGUGGGAGUGCUGGGUGGCUUUGCUCAGAGCAUCGCAGAUCACGCCGCUGACAGUUUGUCAUAUUGUUCUGAAUGUGUGCUGAACUAAGAGAAAAAAAAACACAGUAAGUCUACAGUAAAAACAAAUACCUGCGAGUACAGGGCUUCAUUGUUAAAGUCUAAAACAAGCCCUUUGUGAAAAGGAUAAAUGUUUGUUUCUUUGUUGUGAGGGAAAAAAAUGAAAGCUCAUGUCUGCAGAAUGUAAAAUACACUUUUUGUGAAAUGUGAAAAGAAUGCAGAAUAUUUUUGGCAGGAAAUUGCUAAAAAAAAAAAAAAAACAACAAUAAUUGACAGUGCAAACAUUGUUUGGUUUCUUUAAAGUUUAUUUUGUGACUAAUUUCUUUUUGAUGUCAGUCACAAAUCAUGAAAAAUAUUACAAAGACGAUGGUCAUUUUGAACUUGCUGUAAUCUGCCAGUUUCUCCUUGUUUGAAAGCAGAAGACGUUUGAGACGAGUUUAAGAUGCAUGAAAAGAUUCAACAGUGUGUUUGAAGAAUGUUACAUCGAUGUAUUCAGCCAUACUUUGUCGAGGCGACCACAGUACUCUUAACCACAUGUUUAGGGAAGCUGACAAAUAAAUACAAAGAAAUAUUUUCCUUCAUUUA